GGCGGUGUUAGUAGACAUUUUUAGUCUUUUACAAAUGGAAUUUAAAAAUAUAUUUUAUGUGUGUCAUGUUUUCAAACAUAGGCGAAUACGUAACUGGUAACCGCACACAGAUAUCGAAAGCAGACUAAAAUAAACAAGUUACCUCACAUUCUUGCAUUGAUUUUUUACGACGAUCUGUUGUAGUUCCCAUCAUACGUGGGAUCUUUUCAUGUAAUCAUGAUAACGAGAAUAUGCAGAAUAGUUCUGGUUUUCAUCAUCACUUAUAUAUGUGUUAUUGAUUCUGUUAUGGAUAGUGACCAUACAAUUGUAUGGAAGUUGAAAGUACCAGUAUAUUUUAGAGGAAAUGCAUCUAUUUUAUGCAUGAUUCACGAGGAUGACAAACCAGGGCACAUGGCUUGGACUAAAGCAGGGAAACUCAUUGGUAUAAAUAACGUUUCACUCUAUUCUACAAAAUAUGACGUAUUUAUAAAAUACAACAAUAGUUCCAUGUUGUACUGUCUUGUUAUAAAGAAUAUUGACAUGGGAGAUUUAAACUUAGUGUAUAAAUGUGAGUCUGGAUUCUCAUCUGCAGAAGGAAUUCUUUCUCUGAAUGAGGAUACGUUUGUAGCAAAACCACAGAAAGAAGAUAUAACAAGGAAUUUUACAUUAAAAGAAGGGUAUAUUAAAGCGUUUGUAGAAGUUUCAUCCGUCUACCCGAAACCAAGAUGUAUUGCAGUAUUUAAGAACAGGGACAUAACCAGGUAUUCAGUGACAAAUUAUACUAAAGAUUCUUUUUUGUACUCAAUGAGGUUUGAUUUGGUGUACCGAACUAAUGAAUGUGGAAAUAUCAACAUAUCAUGUGUAAUUGGAAAAGAACAAUCAAGUAUUUUACCGAUAUCUUAUGAAUUCAAAGAAGACUGUGAACAUUCAAAUACAGAUAGUAGAAAUUAUUCUGAAAUUGAAAUGUAA